UUCGCACCUCAUCUUCUCCCCGCCUGCUUGCGAGCAGAUUCCACUAGCAUGCAGGAUAUUCCAGGUGACCAGUUUGUUCGGAGCCUUGCUGCACAUAUUCGGGAGCAUGGGCCAAGCAUAUUGGCGUCAGCUCGGCAAUUAGUAGAGGCUUUGGACGACGGCUUGCCAGGAACUCCACAAUACCGAAGACGUCGGCAAAGCUUAGACAUACAUAAUACCGACGAUAGUAAGGCAGCCACAAAUGAUGCUGACCCAUCAUCCCAAGCAUCGUCCAUUACCGCUCUUGCCUCAGUGUUCUCAGCGUUUGGUUUCGGAACGUCGUCUACUUCUGCAAAAGACCGUGACACACUAUCUGCAGCUACUGGAGAAAAUGGGAUGCGAACGUCCUUUGCCAUGGACCCUUAUCACCUAGCCUAUCUGAAUGUAUUGUUCCGGAAUUCGUCUGAUAUAAAAGACUACUUGGCUACUCGAACGACUGGCCCACAACCACCAAUACCAUCUCAAUCUACUAUAGCCCCAUCAAUACCGUCAUCUACGCAAGGUAGCUCGUAUUUGUCCCUUAUAUGGUCGGGAACAUCCAAUACGGCAAGUCCAUCUUCGAUCACUACGGUCGAGGAGGACACCCUUUAUCUCUACAAAUUUUUCGAAACUCUUUCUCUCCUCCGAAUAGCGCCCGUUCGCCGUAAUAACAUCGAGGGAUUCGACCCACCUUCAUCCUCAUGUGUGGAUCUGACUCCUUUUAGCUCAUUGGUUGCAAUUGAAUUGGAUGCAACAAAUCCUCGCGUGAUAGGCUGCUGGGGUCAAGUGAGGGAAAUGUUGCGGUCGUUGACAUGUCGAUACGCUUUGACUAAUUCUGAAGAUCUCGUGGCCGCCCUGGAGGUGGAAGUCAAAGAGGAUGGCCCGAUUGCAGAUUCGGAGGCACUUGAUAUUGUGACUAGGUCAAAUCGACCGACUCGAAGGAAGUCAUCUUAUUCACAUGUUGAUGAUGACAACCCUAGUGCCCGUUUACCGCUGUUGACUCAUUUGAACCUACCUGGCAAUUCGCUCCAGGCAGUCCCUUCAAGCCUCAUCUCGCAUAUCCCACGAUGUACCCAUGUUGACUUAUCGUCCAACGCGCUCACCGUUGUUCCUCCUGCUUUAUCUGCUCUAGCCGAAUUGUCCUACGUCGAUCUUUCGGGGAAUCGUAUCACGUCCUUGUCCGGGGCAGAAGAUCGAUUACGAAAUGUUACGUCACUGCUGUUGAAAGCCAACGCACUGGAGAAUCUCUUAGGCGUCGAGAGUUUGGCAAGACUGAGAACAUUGAACGUAGCGGAAAAUAAAAUUUGGGACGUGUAUGAAGUGGGGAGAUUAGCUUCUCUUAUGGAUGUUGAUGAGAUCUGGAUUGCAGAUAACCCUUUAACCAAGUUGCCGAAUUACCGUACGAAUAUCUUCACUUAUUUCAAGUCUCGUGCCUUGGGCUUACUGCUCGAUGGCGUUCCGCCGUCCGCUGCCGAGAAGAAAGUCAUCAAAGCGAACCUAACUGUUGCAGCAGUCCCCUCUCAACAUCGCUCUCCACCGCCGGUACGGGUUUCGGGCGGAAAGACCAGAUCUGUUCUGUCCCGAGAUAACUCAGAGAGCGUAAUCGACGACGACCUAAGAAGUCGAGCUAGCGACUUGCCAUCGCUACUGUCAGAGAAGACUGGCAGGAAGGUUGGGAAGAAGAAACGGAGGCCGGGGAAAUCAAAGGUCCACAAUGGAAAUCUCAAAACCCCGCAAAUGGAGCUCCCUAGUACAUCACCAACAGCAGGGGAGGAAAUUCCGUCAAUUUCUCUCUCGCCUGGCCCGUCAAGGCGGGUUCAACGCUUUGCAGAGAUUGAAAAAACAAUUGAGGCUAGUAGUAUCAUAAUAACUGACGAUAAGCCAAUCGUCGACUCGGCGGAUCUGGUCGUGAACAGGGCUGGGAAAAAAUCAGGCAAAGGAAAAUCAACCAGUGGCCACAAGACACGGAAGCUCAAGGAAAAUGGGGAGUCAAGAGCUCAAACGAGCAUGUCCAUAUUAUCUGCUCAAGGGGACGGCAUGUCAUCGAUUGGAUCGCCCGUAACAUCGCCAAAUAUAACCCCUUCCCCAAUUGUCACGCCGACUCUAAGUCACUUAUCCCUGUCGGAGGCAUUAGAGUUUUCCGAGACGCCUGCGGUUGGGCGCGAGGGCCCAAAAGCAUCAAAUACAGAAUUGCAUACGCCACCGACCGACACCGUACUGCCUGCAACAGCAUCACCUCAAGAUGUACUGCAUAUCCAUGAUAACGGGGCCACUCUUUUACCAGAAACUUCCGCACAGCCCCGCGUUGCCUCGCCGGUGCCGCCAAAGCCGGUCACCCCUCUACCGCGUCUUGAACCGGUCCCCACUGUUGGCACUCAUAUAGCAAAUAUUGGACCGUAUCGUCGACUCUUUGAUCAUGGGCGGGCGGUCGGUGACACGGCUUCAGUCCGGAGUGGAGCAACGAAUGGAAACGUGAAAUGGCUGGCACUAGCACCCAACGAAGGACCUACCAAAUUACAAUCAGAGCCACCGGCCCAAGCAUUCUCUGUGCGCCGCACUGCUUCUGGGCCAGAUGUUGAGGCAGGUUCAAGGGACGAAUUUCAGGGAGUCAAGAGUUACCAUCCCCAUGGUGCUAAAGACGAUGUAAUGACAGGGAAAAAAGGGCGCAUACAAUCAAAUUUACCGUCACUUGGCUUAGGGGACCGGUUUGUUACUCUAGCGGAAGGGGAGAAAGCCAAAGUGAAGAUGUUGAGUGCGGGGGCUACUACCGCAGCAAAAGUUGCUAGUUUCAGUCCUCCUCCACCACCACCACUUAUACUUUCUCGUCCCUUGCGUUCCAAUACUUCACCCUCUGUAUCAACUCGAAGCGGUGGGCGAUCUUUUGCUACUGCACCUGCGUAUGGGCGAGUAGGCGGCGUGGCCCGAUCGGUUGCAGGAUCGGGGGUCACUUGCGCGUCCAUGCCAGCAUGGAUGGCAUCGGGUCAAGGACCGGGAGGCCAUCAAGUCCCGAGUGCCCCGACGAUACCAUUCAUCACCUUGACGAAUUCCUUGAAGCUCCACUUGGUCCUCAAUGUCUUGAGGGAUGGGGACGAAGAGAAGUGCCUGUGCUGGAUACCCGCAUCGUGCGUUGUGCAAAUACCGAAUGAUAUCAGUCGGAUCAAAACCCGACAAACAGGGUGGUUUACAUCCAUCACUGGGGAUCACGAAUUGUGGAGAGCGCCGACAUACAUACCCGCCCAGCGUCCAUGUUAUGUGCUGCUAACUAACCGGCGACUAUAUAUCUUUGAGCCAAAGUUUCGCUUUCCCUUCACCGGCAAUAAGAACCAAGAUGCGCAAGAAACCCGAUAUGAUUCAGAUAUUUCGUCUUUAUUGCGGCUCGUGCGGUGUGUGCGGCUCAAAGGUAUCCCUCGGAUCGACGUUGGUCCCAAUCAACAAUAUUUCGUUGUUCGCUACUAUGUUCGUGCUGGCCCGCCCGCUAGCAGUGGAGGCGGAGGCUUUGGAAGCGGUGUGCACCCCAUAGGGCCAGGUGGCAUGGGACCAGGUGAAUCCAGCCGCUAUGGAGAUGGUGGACAGUGGGAGAGCGUGGUGGUGGUUACUAGGGAUAAGGAUACUACCGCAGGCUUUCUCAAUGCGUUCGUUCAGUGUUUGCGAGAUGAUUCAGGUGAUGAGGAAGGACUCAACGUUAUUAACCAGAAUGUAGAAUGGGCUUUACUGGAUAUUAAAGAACAGGUGCUGGCACGGAGGGGAAAGAAAGAAGCAGGUUAUCCUUUCGAGUGGCUCUCGGCGAGGGCAGGCGACAAAAUUAGUAUCACUUCAAGCGGAGGAUGGCUCGGAAGAGUAUUGCUAGGGAAACGUGAAGUAGAUGAGACAGCUCACUCACGGCUAUACGCUUCCCCAUCUUCCACGAACACGUUGGUCACAUCGUUGCUUACGGACGAGGACGAGGAUCCCGCUCUAAAUGUCAUCGGAUCAGUUCAAGACAACAAAACUCCUGCUGAUUUCCUGAAGACAUACCUCCUAGUUGGUUUGUUAACUGUCAUACAUCCAGUAUCCGCCUCUUCUCUCCCAGCUAUUGCGGUGCACCCAUUGACACUGGCAGCUACGAACGAGUUUAUAUACCUAUUUGUGGAGCGACACGACGUAUGGCCUCCGGUUAUUUUCCCACCGGAAACGAAUGUUCCACAAUGGGUAAACGAAUCGGUGAACUCACGCUCCUACGCGAAAACAUCCGAUGAUAUGAAAGGACUCAUCAGCGAUGCGGUAGGAAUGGUGUCGCGUGUCAUAGAUAUUGGAAAGGUGGACAACGUGGUACGCUGCGAGCGAUGGCGAACGUGGAGAUGGAACGGUACUGGAAGGGGGGAAGGGGAUGUUGUACAGAAUGGUUAUGUGGGGGUUUGGAGAAAAGGGAAACGCCGAGAUUUCGCUGGGAGGGGAAGGACACGGGAAUGGACAUGGGGUAGAGAAUCAGAGGAGGUGGAAGGAAAUACGGCUGGAUGGGGAUGGUGGGUCAGAAUUGUGUUCGGCGACCGAAAGUUUCCGAGUGUGGACGAGGCCUCAACUGAGCAGAAGAGCGCUCCCCAGGCAGGCGAGGAUUUAACUACAGAGUCGAUGGCUAUGCCCAAUAGACCACCCUCGACCACCGCGCCUACCCCUCCCAAUGAACGCUACUGGGACUUGGUUUUCAGAUCCCUUGAGGGCGCCAACGAGCUUCUCGACUUUCUCAGAGAUGCCCGAGGAGUUAAGGCCGACAUUGAUUACGACCAGAAUUUUGUCGUUCGCGAAGACAUAAUAGAAGCCGACGCCCCCGGGAAAAGUAGUGGCGAAUCUCACAAUGCUUUUGGGCCACCACAUAUGGAAUCGCGUGAUCAUAGAGUGCGAGAGGAUGGUGUGGAAUUUGUCCUAGGGGACGAUUAGAUACGUAAUGUUUGUGCUUGCCUGUUAUAAAUCACGUAAACUCAUUGGGGUUAGAGCCUCAUCUUGUACAAUAUAUCUUCGAUCAUGUUUUCGUAUCUGA